AUAGCAAAACUCUGCCCCUCGCUCCCUGGCAGGGGCCCUAUGAUUUAUGCAGGAGCAGAGGCAGCACGCAAUCGAGCUGUCAAGAGAGCGUCAGCUUAUUAAGCAAAUGCUGCGUGGUUUCUGAAGAGGGUCGACGCUAUAAAACCCCACUCCAGGCUUUGGGGUGGAGAAACUCAGAGCCCACGUCCGUUAAGAGACUGAAGAGAGAGAAACAGAAGAGAGACAGAGACAGAGAAAGAGAGAAAGGAAAAGUGUGGCAACAGAAAGAAGAGAGGUAAUCCCCUGGGGAAAAGAAUUCCCGGAGUCCUUGCUCUGCAGAGAGGCAGCAUCUACCUGCACACGCGCCAGAGAAGCUAACGCCCCAACAUGCGCCUGCCGCUGCUCGUGUCCGCAGGCGUCCUGCUGGUGGCUCUGCUGUCCUGCCCGCCGUGCAGGGCCAUCCUCAGCCGGGGCCCGGUCCCGGGAGCCCGGCAGGUCCCGCAGCAGCAUCCCCAGCCCCUGGAGUUCUUGCAGUCGCCGCCGCAGCCGCAGCAGCCGCAGGCUCGACCCGUCCUGCUGCGCAUGGGGGAGGAAUACUUCCUCCGCCUGGGGAACCUCAACAAGAGCCCGGCCGCUCCCCUCGCGCCCGCCGCGUCGCCUCUCGCCAGCGGAGGCAGCGGCAGCGGCAGCAGCAGGAGCAGCAGCAGCAGCAGCCGCCCAGCGCCCGACGAGGCAGCCGCCAACUUUUUCCGCGCGCUGCUGCCGCAGCUGCUGCUGCCCCGGCGCCCGCUCGACAGCCCGGCUCGUCCCGCCCAGAGCCGAGCCGAGCCCGCGCGCCGCGGCCGCCAGGAGGCGCCGGAGAGGGAGAGGCGGUCGGAGGAGCCGCCCAUCUCGCUGGAUCUCACCUUCCACCUCCUGCGGGAGGUCUUGGAAAUGGCCCGGGCCGAGCAGUUAGCGCAGCAAGCUCACAGCAACAGGAAACUGAUGGAGAUCAUUGGAAAAUAAAACGGGGCGUUGGACCGAAAAGAGUCUGCAGUUAGCACGCACACACACACAAUUAAAAAAAAAUCACAGUAUUCUGUACCAUAGCGUUGCUCUGAUACCAUUUGUUUAUUUUUAUAUAGCUUGAAACGUAGAGAAUGUACAGCAAAAGAGCCUAUAUUCCUUAAUUAGCAUGCACCUAGUGUAUUCACGUGCAGCAAAUCAACAAAAUGUUGUUUGUAUGUGGUCCACGUUUUUGU